AUGAAAAAAGAAGAAGGAAAAAAGGAAAUUGAAGAUAUUCCUGCAGAUAUUCUUGAUGUUAAAGUUUAUAUUUCUGAUGAAGAAGAUUCAAGAUUUAUUAACUGGAAAAAAUUAUGGAGUUUUACAGGCCCAGGAUUUUUAAUGAGUAUAGCUUAUUUAGAUCCAGGUAACAUUGAAAGUGAUUUACAAUCUGGUGCAAUGACACAAUAUAGACUUAUAUGGGUUUUAUUAUCAGCUCAUAUUCUUGGUUUAAUAUUACAAAGAUUAGCUGCUCGUAUAGGUGUAGUAACAGGAAAACAUAUGGCAGAAAUAGCAUAUUAUUACUAUCCAAAAUAUCCACGAUGGAUUUUAUGGAUUAUGGUAGAAAUUGCUAUUAUUGCUUCAGAUAUGCAAGAAGUUAUUGGUACAGCUAUUGCUUUAUAUUUAUUAUCUGACAAAAAAAUUCCAUUAUGGGGUGGUGUAUUGAUAACAAUAAUUGAUACAUUUACUUUUCUUUUUUUGGAUAAAUAUGGUAUUAGAAAAUUUGAAGCAUUUUUUGCUUUUUUAAUAGCUGUAAUGGCAGGAACUUUUGGAUAUCAAUUUGUUUCAAUGCCUGAAUCAUUUGGAAUGUUAAUGAAAGGAACUUUUAUUCCAUGGUGUCAAAAUUGUAAUUCAGAUCAAAUAUUACAAGGUGUAAGUAUUAUUGGAGCUGUUGUGAUGCCUCAUAAUUUUUACUUACAUUCAGCUUUAGUUAAAUCAAGAGCUGUUGAUAGGACAAAUAAAAAUAAAAUUGUUGAAGCAAAUAAAUAUUUUUUUAUUGAUGCUACAAUUUCAUUAACAAUUAGUUUUGUAAUAAAUUUUUUUGUUGUAUCUGUUUUUGGAAAAGGAUUAUAUAAUAAAACAAAUGCAGAUGUAUAUAAUGAAUGUCAAAAUCCUAAUAAUGGACUUCCUGAUUAUUAUAAAGAUGUUUUUCCAAAUAAUAAUGAUAUUGCAAUUUCUGAUAUUUAUCAUGCUGGAAUUUUUCUUGGAUGUUCUGUUGGUGUAACUGCUUUGUAUAUUUGGGCUAUUGGUAUUAUUGCUUCUGGACAAAGUUCUACAAUGACUGGUACAUAUGCUGGACAAUUUGCUAUGGAAGGAUUUCUUCAAAUUAAAAUAAGUCGUUGGAAAAGAAUUUUAAUUACAAGAUCUUUAGCUAUUUUACCAACAAUUAUUGUAACAAUAUUUUCUCAAGGUGUUAAUCAUAUUACAGGUUUAAAUGAUCUUUUAAAUGCUGUUAUGAUGAUUCAACUUCCAUUUGCAAUAUUUCCUGUUUUAACAUUUACAGGAGAUCAUAAUUUAAUGCAUUCCUUUUCUAUAUGUCUUUUUCAAAAAAUAUUUGCAUCUAUUGUCUGUAUAUUUAUUAUGGCUGUUAACUAUUACUUUUUAUAUGAUUAUAUUAAUGAAAGAAUAUCAAAUUUAUGGUUCUUAUGGAUAGUUGUAGCAAUUUUUGCACUUUUUUAUACAUUAUUUACAAUCUAUAUUGCUGUUUAUUGUUUUAUAGCACUUGGAGUAAUUAAAUUUACUUCAAUGAAUAAAAUGUUAAAAAAAAUGUUUCCACAACCACAAUAUGAACAUUUUAAAAAACCUUGGAUGGAAUUGGUAAAUUAA